CCAUCGUUUUUACAGGCAAUCGUUUGAUGUCUCAGCUGUUUUAGCAAGUCCAUUGUUUUUUAGGGACGUCAUUGACGUUGUGCAAGUUAAUGAAUCUUUUAAACAUGAUGGGUUCUUACUAGCUAGAUUCACUGUUUCCAGAUUUGUUGUUUUGUAUGUUUUGGCCAGCCGUCCACCUCAAGAAAGAAUAUCAUACUAGUCCCACCCUGUAGAUUCGAUUUCUUUUAUAGACCUUAAAACUAAAAGUCUUUUAGAUUGCAUUUUUUUAUUUUGCUGACAAAUAAUGACUUUGACAUAAUUUGUUUCAUAUCAUGCAUUAUAAUGAAAAUACUUUAAGCACCGAAAAAGAAGAGAACAAGUAUCAAUCACUUAAGGAAAUGCUCUUUGCAAAACCUUAAAAGGUGAAAAUUAUACACUUCAACUAGGUAAGCAAAAGUAUGGAUAACCAUAUUAAGAGUGAGACUCCUUUUGCAAAAGCUGGGUUUCUUAGCAAAUUAUCUUUUUGGUGGCUGAAUCCGUUGAUGAAAAAGGGUAAGAAAAAGGCACUCGAAGAUGAUGAUAUACCCAUGUUAAGAAAGAAGAAUAGAGCAGAAACAUGUUACUUAAUGUUUAUGGAACAGCUGAAGAAACAAAAGCAAACUGAACCGUCAAUUUUAUGGGCAAUCAUUUUAUGUUAUUGGAAAGAGAUCUUAAUUUCUGGCUUCUUUGCUCUUUUCAACACAAUAACUCUUUCAGCAAGUCCAUUAUUUCUUGGUGCUUUCAUUGACGUUGCAGAGGGUAAAGAAUCCUUUAAACAUGAGGGAUAUGUACUAGUUAUACUACUGCUCUUCACAAAAUUCACCGAGUCCCUUUCUCAGCGACAGUGGUUCUUUCGAUGUAGAUCAAUGGGAAUUGAAGUGAGGUCUUUGCUCUCAGCAGCUAUUUAUAAAAAACAACUCAGGGUUUCUAGUGCUGCUAAGACAAUGCUUUCAGCUGGUGAAAUAAUCAACUAUGUUACUGUAGAUUGUUAUCGAGUUGGGGAAUUCCCUUUUUGGUUGCAUCAAACAUGGGCAGCAUGCCUACAAAUAUGUCUUGGAUUAGCAAUUCUUUUCCGUGCAGUAGGGGUUGCAUCGUUUGCAGCCUUGGUUGUUAUAGUACUCUCUGUGAUAUGCAACACUCCCUUGGCUAAAUUACAGCAUAAAUUUCAGAGUAAGCUUGUAAUAGCGCAAGAUAAAAGGCUUAAGGCUAUAUCAGAAGCUAUUCUCAACAUAAAGAUUUUAAAGCUUUAUGCUUGGGAGAUGUAUUUCAAAUCUGUUAUAGAUAGACUAAGGAAAGAGGAGGUCAAGUUUUUGGAAUCUGCUCAGCGAAUGAAAGGAUAUAAUACAUUUCUGUUUUGGAUCUCACCUAUAUUGGUUUCUUCUGCAACUUUUGUGACUUGUUACUUCACAAGGGUUCCUCUCAAUCCUGGUAAUGUCUUCACUUUUCUAGCAACGCUGCGGGUCUUGCAGGAACCUGUCAUGCUGACUCCAGAUAUUAUUGCAAUGACCAUUCAUGCAAAAGUUGCGUUCAGGCGGAUUACGAUUUUUCUUGCUGCAGAGGAGUUAGACUGUGAAAAAUUCAGGCACAUGGAAUGUACGGAGCACCAUAAGCACGGCAUUUCCAUCAGUUCAGGUAAUUUUUCAUGGGAAGGGAAUCCGUCAAUACUCAACUUAAAGAGUGUGAACCUUGAGGUUAAAUCUGGUGAGAAAGUGGCUAUCUGUGGAGAAGUUGGUGCAGGUAAAUCAACCCUUUUAGCUGCAAUUCUUGGAGAAGUUCCUAAGCUGGAUGGAACGGUUCAAGCUUAUGGAAAGAUUGCGUAUGUUUCUCAGAUGGCAUGGAUUCAGUCAGGAAGUAUACAAGAUAAUAUUCUGUUUGGCUGUGCCAUGGAUAAGCAAAAAUAUCAAGAAACAAUAGAAAAGUGUUCGCUGGUAAAAGACCUUGAAAUGCUACCUUAUGGUGAUCUUACUGAAAUAGGAGAAAGAGGAAUUAAUUUAAGUGGUGGUCAGAAGCAGCGCAUUCAACUUGCUCGUGCAUUGUAUCAGGAUGCUGAUAUAUAUCUUUUAGAUGAUCCAUUUAGUGCAGUUGAUGCUGAUACUGCCGGUAACAUAUUCAAUGAAUACAUAAUGGGAGCUCUAUCAGGGAAGACGGUCUUACUUGUUACUCACCAAGUAGAUUUCCUCCAAGCAUUUGAUUCUAUUUUGUUGAUGGCAGAUGGGGAAAUCCAGCAUGCGGCUCCAUAUCAUCUGAUGCUGUCUUCUAAUCGAGCAUUUCAUGAUCUUUUUAAAGCACACAAAGAUACAGAUACUUCCGAAAUUGGUGCUUCUCCUGAUAAAUCUGGAAUCUUUUCGGAGGAUACAGAGAAAAUUUAUUGCAGGGAUCAACUAAUUGGAUCAGUAGAGCAUCAGCUGAUCGAACAAGAAGAGAGAGAAACUGGAGACACUAGGUGGAAGCCAUAUCUACAAUAUUUGAAUCAGAAUAAAGGAUUCUUUUACUUCUCUAUAGCUAUUAUAAGUCAAAUCAUCUUUUUGGCUUUUCAAAUACUACAGAACUACUGGAUGGCUGCUAAUGUUCAGAAUCCAGAAGUCAGCAAAUUGCGGCUGGUCCUGACAUUCUCUCUAAUUGGAUGUAGUUCUAUGUUCUUUACGCUCUUUCGGUCUCUUGCUACAGUUGCUUUAGGUAUGAAGGCUUCAGAGUCAAUAUUUGAACAGUUAUUGAGCUCUCUUUUCCAUGCACCGACCGCUUUCUAUGAGUCUACUCCUUUGGGAAGGAUACUAAGUCGGGUUUCAUCAGAUUUGAGUAUUGUAGACCUAGAUCUCGCAUCCAAUUUUGUCAAAGCUGUUAUGGGUGCCAUUACUACUGCAGCCUAUCUUGGAGUUCUAGCUGUUAUUACUUGGCAAGUUGUGUUUGUCACCGUACCAAUGGUCUAUAUGGUGAUUCUUGUACAGAGGUACUACUCUGCUUCUGCAAAUGAGUUCAUGCGAAUCAAUGGAACAUCCAAGUCUAUGAUAGCAAGCCAUCUAGGCGAAUCCAUAACAGGAGCAAUGACAAUUAGGGCAUUUGGAGUGGAAGAUCGAUUCAUCACCGAAAAUCUUUAUCUUAUCGACAGAAAUGCUAGUUCUUCAUUUCACAUCUUUUCUGCAAAUGAGUGGUUGAUCCAACGUUUGGAAACACUUUGUGCCAUUAUCCUCUGUUCCUCAGCCCUUGUAAUGGUUUUGCUUCCUGCAAAAACUUUUGGUUCUGGAUAUAUUGGGAUGACACUGGCUUUUGGUCUUUCAUUGAAUAUGCAUCUUGUUUUUUCUGUUCAAAUGAAGUGCACACUAGCAAAUGAUAUCAUAUCUGUAGAAAGGCUAAACCAGUACAUGCAGAUUCCCAGUGAAGCCUCAGAAGUCAUUGAAGAAAAUCGGCCCCUCCCUAGUUGGCCUGCUAUAGGUAGAGUGGAGAUCCGUGAUUUGAAGAUAAGGUAUAGGCUCAAUACUCCGAUUGUUCUUCAUGGGAUUAGUUGCACAUUUGAAGGUGGUCACAAGAUUGGGAUCGUUGGUAGAACUGGCAGCGGGAAGUCGACUCUAAUUGGUGCUCUCUUUCGACUCGUUGAACCGAUAGAGGGAAAAAUCAUUAUUGAUGGGGUUGACAUCUCAACAAUAGGGCUUCAUGACCUAAGAUCACGCUUAGGUAUCAUACCCCAGGAUCCUACACUCUUCAACGGAACUGUCAGAUACAAUCUGGACCCCCUUUCCCAACAUACAGACCAGGAAAUUUGGGAGGUUCUUGCAAAAUGCCAGCUUAGGGAGACAGUACAAGAGAAAGAAGAAGGUCUAGAUAGUUCAGUUCAACAAGAUGGUGUGAACUGGAGCAUGGGACAACGUCAGUUAUUUUGCUUGGGGCGCGCAUUGUUAAGGGGAAGCCAGAUAUUAGUGCUUGAUGAAGCUACUGCUUCAAUAGACAACACAACAGACGCCAUUCUCCAACAAACCAUACGGACAGAAUUCAAAAAAUGCACAGUUAUCACAGUAGCACACAGAAUACCUACCAUUAUGGACAGUUCAAUGGUGCUUGUGCUUAGUGAUGGGAAAAUUAUGGAGUAUGAUGAACCAAUGAAGUUGAUGAAGAUGGAAGGUUCGCUAUUUGGGCAACUUGUGAAAGAGUACUGGUCUCACAUUCACUCUGCAGAUUCAAGAUAAUGUGCUAUCACCAAUUCCAAAAAUGUUGCAAGUGUACCUUUUUAUCGAAAAAUCUUGGAAACUUGGCUGAUAGCUAGCCCAUGUAGGACUAUUAGAAUGUAAGUGUCUGAUCCCAGGUAAGCGGCAGAGAAUUUGUGCUUGUAACGUAAGCUGUUGAGAUUAUUAGUCCCACAUUGUUGGGCAAUCUAAGAUCCCGCGAUUUAUAAUUUCGUAGGGCCUCUCCACUGAUUGCCAAUUGGUUUUGAGUUGGAUGCCCGCAGACUUUAACAUGG